GUGACAGAAAGAAUUCCUUUGCUUUCUUCUUCACUCUCACCUGCAAAACGAGCGAAGGAUCUUGUGAUUUCAAUUUAGAUCUUGUGUGGUCGUAUCAGGUGAGAAAGUAGUAGUAGUAGAAGAAGAAGAAUGACAACAGUGCCAGGACAAUUGAUUUGGGAGAUCGUGAAGAAGAACAACUCUUUCUUGGUAAAAGAGUUCGGAAGGGGCACUCAGAGCGUGCAGUUCAGCAGAGAGCCCAACAAUCUCUACAACCUCAACACUUUCAAGUACUCUGGUUUGGCGAACAAGAAAACCGUCACUAUUCAGCCUGCUGGUAAAGACCAAUCUGUAAUACUGGCCACAACUAAAACAAGGAAACAAAAUAAGCCUGCUUCUUUGCUUCACAAGUCUGUCAUGAAAAAGGAGUUCCGAAGAAUGGCGAAGGCAGUGCAAAAUCAGGUAGCGGAUAACUACUACAGACCUGAUCUGAAAAAGGCAGCUCUGGCAAGGUUGAGCGCUGUCGAUAGGAGUCUGAAAGUUGCAAAGUCUGGAGUUAAGAAGAGAAACAGACAGGCUGUGAAGGUUGCUGGCAGGAAGUGAAUUGAGAAGUGUUAACUUUGCUUUUUACAUUACUACCAUCCUUUUGUAGUUUGUGUUUUAGAACUCAGUUCUAGAUUUUUAUGUUGUCUGGAGAUAUAUGGGUUGAUUUUUUUCUUGAAGUUGUUUAAGAAUGAAGGAUUGAUGUUCAUGUCACAUAAUUUCUACAGGAAGGCUAUGUAUAACUGCAAGAAGACAUUGUUCCUUAAACAUAAAACUGUCAAACUA